AUGUCAAAUCAAAAUCAAAAUCCUCCAAAAUACCCCUUAUUAGAAGCUGAAAGCCCCUUCUGUUGCAAAAUAAGGGAAGAAGAUUCAUACAUCUUAACUGAUGCUCCAGGAUUAAAAAAUGUAUUAACUUUACCAUCUGAUUUGAAUACUCAAAAGAAAAGAAGAAGUACUGAAGAACCUUUCCAACAAAAGCAACUUAAUAAUGAAAUUAAACGCAGGCUAACGCUAAGAGAUGAAGAUAUUCAAGAAGGUAUUAUAAAAGAAUAUCAACAUGAUAUCGAUGAUAGAGCUGAUGAAGAAAUCUUAGAAGUAACUAGAAUAACACCUAAUGAGCUAUUAGAAGAUCCUAUGUCCAAUAUUGAAAUAGAUCAACAACCUCAACAAACACAACAGCAACAACAACAACAACAACAAACACAAACCCAACAACAACAGCAACAACCAGUCACUAAUGGAAUAAAAGAAUAUGAAAAUAGUGAACUGCCACUUCCAUCACCUUCUGCAUCCCCAGCACAAUCUGCAUAUGAUGAAACUCAUUUAUUAACCCCUGAACCAUUAUUAACAACCUCAUCUGAUGUUGUAAAUUUUAUUGAAAAUUUUGCUACAACUUCUUUAUCCAAAAGUUCUGUCAAUAGUUUAAUAUUUAAACUUUUAAGCAGUUGUGAUAGAAGUGUUUUAAGUGAUUUUAGAAAUACUAUUGAUGAAGGAUUGAAAAGAGAUAUAAUAUCAAAUUUACCAUUAGAAUUAUCUUAUAAAGUUAUGAAAUUCCUGGAUUAUAAAUCUUUAAAUAACAUAUUAUUGGUAUCUAAGAAAUGGAAUAAUCUAAUUACAGGUGAAUUUUGGAAAAAUUUAUUAAUUAAAGAUAAUCUUAUAACACCAGAAGAAUUAUUUUCUUCAAAUUUCAAAAAAAUUGAAAAUCCAAGUUAUUAUCAAAGUUUAUAUAUUAAAAGAUUUGAACUGCUUAAAAAUUGGACUGAUCCAACUUUUGAACCUAAAAAAAUCACUGUAGCUGGUCAUGGUCCAAAUGUUGUUACUUGUUUACAAUUUGAUGAUGAAAAAAUCAUUUCAGGUGCUGAUGAUCAUAUGAUUAAUAUUUAUAAUCCAGAUACUGGUGAAUUAAUUAAAAGUUUAUCAGGUCAUGAAGGUGGUGUUUGGGCAUUAAAAUAUGUUGGUAAUCAAAUUGUUAGUGGAUCAACUGAUAGAACUGUUAGAGUUUGGAAUUUACAAACAGGGAAAUGUACACAUAUUUUCAAAGGUCAUACUUCCACAAUUAGAUGUAUGGAGAUUGUUACAAUUGAAGAAACAGGUGAAAAAUUAAUUAUAACUGGUUCAAGAGAUAGUACUUUACAUGUUUGGAAAUUACCAAAUGAAGAUGAUCAAGGUGAAGAUUUUAAUGAAAAUGAUGUUAAUAAUCCAUAUUUUGUUUGUGUCUUAAGAGGACAUACUGCAUCUGUUAGAGCUGUUACUGGUCAUGGUAAUUUAGUUGUUUCAGGUUCAUAUGAUCAUACUGUUCGUGUUUGGGAUUUAAAAGAACGUAAAUGUAAAUUUACAUUACAAGGUCAUUCAGAUAGAAUAUAUUCAACUUUAUUAGAUCUGGAAAGAAAUAGAUGUAUUUCUGCAUCUAUGGAUUCUAGUAUAAAAGUUUGGGAUUUAUCAAAUGGUGAAUGUAUUGCAGAUUUAACAAGACAUACUUCACUAGUUGGAUUAUUAGGAUUAUCAUCAAAUUAUUUAGUUAGUGCAGCUGCAGAUGGUACUUUAAGAGGUUGGAAUCCAACAAGUUAUAAAAAUGAAUUUACACUUCAUCAUGAUAAUCAUGCAGCUAUAACAACAUUUCAUGCAUCACCAAAUUUACUGGUUAGUGGUAGUGAAAAUCAAUUUAAUGUUUAUGAUUUACGUCAAAAGGGUAAAUUAAUAAGGUCUCAUUUAUUACCAGAUGCUGGUCAAAUAUGGUCAACUAGAUUUAAUCAUUCAAAAUGUAUUGUUGCAGUGGAGAAGAAUUCACAAAGUUUUAUUGAAAUUUUAGAUUUUAGUAAAAGUGCAUAG